CCGCACCGACAAGGAGACGGUGUACGAGUGGUUCGGGCUGGUGCUGGGCUCGGCGCAGCGGCUGGAGUUCAUGGUGGGGCUGCUGGACCUGUGCAACCCGCUGGAGCUGCGCUUCCUAGGCUCUUGCCUCGAGGACCUGGCCCGUAAGGACUACCACUGCCUGCGCGACUCGGAGGCCAAGGCCAACGGGCUCAGCGACCCCGGGCAGCUUGGCGACUUCCGCGACCCGGCCGUGCGCUCCAAGCUCAUCGUCUACCUGGCCCUGCUGGGCUCCGAGAACCGCGAGGCCGCCGGCCGCCUGCACCGCCUCCUGCCCCAGGUGGACUCCAUCCUGCAGAGCUGCCCGGCGCGGCGCGGCCCGCCCGACGACGAGGGCGCCGGAGAGGAGGACGUGCUGGUGGUGAUGGAUGGCGGCGGCAGCAGCGAGAACGGCCAGGCCACGCUGCCCGCCACGCAGGGCCUGGGCUUCGGCGCGCAGGAGGAGCUGCUGCUGCUCUUCACCAUGGCCUCGCUGCACCCGGCCUUCUCCUUCCACCAGCGCGUCACCCUGCGGGAGCACCUGGAGCGGCUGCGGAGGGCCCUGUGCGGCGAGCGGGAGGAGGAGGUGGCCUGUGCCCGCCACCGAGCGCAGCAGCAGAGUGACUUUUCCCAUAGUGACUGCAUGUCGAGUACCGAGGCCGGUUUGUUGGAACGAACCACAGCACCUCAUGAUGGAUUACAGAUGGCUUCCCACAGGCCUCAGCGAGAAGCUGUGCACAUUGAGAAGAUAACCCUGAAAGGAGUGCCAAGAAAAAGGGCUGACAAACACUUGGAAUACACAUUCAAAGUAACCUGGUCUGACCUUUCUGUAACAUGUGUAACAAAGACACACCAGGAGCUUCAGGAAUUCCUGCUCAAACUUCCAAAAGAACUGUCUUCUGAAGCAUUUGACAAGACUAUUUUAAGAGCACUAAACCAGGGUUUUCAGAAGAGGGAAGAAAGAAGGCAUGCUGAUCUCGAGCCCAUAGUCAGGCAGCUAUUUUCAAAUACAUCACAAGCUUUUCUGCGGAAUCAGAGAGUGUACAACUUCUUCCAAUCAAUUUCAUCAGAAUCUUUGCAUACUCACAGUAACUUACAACCCUCUUUGAAGACGGUUAAGGCACCAGAACACUUCAAGGAGGACAGUUCAGAAGCUUCAAGUCAGGAGGAAGAUGUAAUACAACACCCAACAGUCCAUAAGAAACAUAAUGGAAAAAGUCCUGUUGCCAACAGCACUAGCAGUGCAAAAUGUUCGUCACUGGAUAGCCUUAACAUACAGCACUCGGAGCAAAAUGGGGUAAUAGACUGGAGAAGAAAAAGCUGUAUUGUCCAGCAGCAUCCAGAGCACUGUACCAACCUACUUGACCAGCAUACAGGGGAAAAACGAGGCCUGUCUACAGUGGGCAAGAAGAAAGGAAAGCCACAGCUGGAAAAGGAGAAAACCAAGAAAACUGACUGUCGGUUGAAUAACAGGGCUAAUGGAGUUCGAGUUGCAGCAUCGCAGCACAUCCGCACGGGGACAGCGAAAGAUCUGAAUUUGGACACUGGAUCUGGUCAUGACACAUGUGGAGAAACAUCAUCUGAAAGUUACAGUUCUCCUUCUAGCCCACGACAUGAUGGGAGGGAAAGCUUUGAGAGUGAAGAAGAAAAAGACAGAGAUACAGACAGCAAUUCCGAUGACUCUGGGAAUCAAAAUGCAAACAGGUUUACAGGCUACAGUGCUGUCAGCUCAGCAAACAUGAGCAAGCCACCCGCUCAGAUGCCUCCGGCGAGCAGCGAGAACGGCAGCCUUCCCGAGGACGCUUUGAGCGCCAAGUUUCCCCACAUUUCCUUCAUGCCCGCCUUACACUGUGUGAUGCACAGCGCUGCGCAGAAGGCGGAGGCCGCGGGCGCGCCGCCCCUCGCCGCCGACGGCAAGGCCGUGGGCAUGCUGGUGACGGCGCCGCUGGCCGUCGCCCCCGCCGCGGAGCCCGCCAGCUCCCCGCCGGCCGCGCUGGGCCCCAUGGCCUCCGGCGACGCCGAGAAGCGCCUCGAGCUGAUGGCUUCCCCUUUGCCGGUCCCGUCCACUUUCCUCCCGCAUUCUGUGCAGCCUGGCAGCCCGGCUUUGCACUUGGCAAUACACAGAUUGAAAAUGCCCUCUCCGCAGGGAUCAUCAGAAAGCUGCACAGUUAACGGACCACAGCAGCCGACAGGAAGCUUGAGUAUCGGAUCACCAAAUACUGCCUUUAUCCCAGUCCACAGUCCAGGUAGUUUUCCAGGAUCCCCAGUUCCUACUACAGAUCCCAUCACCAAACCUGCAUCCCAGGUGGUAGGACUGAAUCAAAUGGUGCCUCACAUUGAGGGAAACCCAGGAGCAAUCCCUCAGCCUACCAAUCUAAAGGUAGUUCUUCCAGCGGCCAGUCUCUCCACAGCAGCACCGCCACCUCCACCAGCUUCGUACGCUCUGCCAGGCAGCCCUCACGCGAGCAGUGUCUUGCCCAACCAGAACACAAACGUGCUAAGCACUGUGGCAACGUCCUCCCCGCCUCAGUCAGCCGGCUUAGGCGUGGGUCAGGUGCAGUCCACUGUUCCUCCCGCCAUCCCUACGCAUACCCCCGGCCCUGCUCCUAGCCCGAGCCCCGCGCUGACACACAGCACUGCACAGAGCGACAGCACAUCUUACAUCAACGCUGUUGGGAACAACAACACUAACGGGACAAUGUUACCUCCGCAGCAGUUGGGAUCUGGUCCUUGUGGCUCUUGUGGACGUAGAUGUAGCUGUGGGACCAAUGGAAGCCUUCAGAUUAAUAGUUAUUUUUAUCAUAACCCACUUCAUGGACAAGUCUACCGAGUUCCAUCUUUCUUCACUCUGCCAUCCCUUUGCAAUGGCAGCUACCUCAAUCAAGCACAUCAAAGCAAUGGAACACAACUCCCUUUCUUCCUGCCUCAGUCUCCAUAUGCAAACGGGCUUAUGCAUGACCCGGUAAUGGGGAGCCAAGCCAACUAUGGUAUGCAGCAGAUGGCAGGAUUUGGGAGGUUCUAUCCCGUCUAUCCAGCACCUAACGUAGUUGCCAACACAAAUGGGUCAGGACCCAAGAAGAACGGGAACGUCUCCUGUUACAAUUGUGGUGUAAGUGGACACUAUGCGCAGGACUGUAAGCAGUCGUCCAUGGAGGCCAGUCAACAAGGCACUUACAGACUGAGAUACGCACCUCCCCCUCCCCCUUCCAGUGACACCCUGGAUUCUGCAGACUGAAACAAGUAAACCUUGCCUACUUAAAUUGAAGCUUGGGGGGAGCUGGGGGGCCGGCGGGGCGGGCGGCGGGGCGGGUGCUCUCAUGGUUUGGGGACGUUCCCGGUUUUGCAUUCUUUUGGAGUUUUUCAUUGCUUUUGCACCUCUGUUCAAUACAAAAGAAGAAAGCCGAGGCCGCGGGCUCCUGCUGGCCCUCCACGAGGCUUGCGUGAUGCAUGUAAUUCCACCUCCCAGGCAAACAAUCCGAGCGAGCGUUUGAACCAUGCUUUUGCACUGAAGACUUGAGACAUGUGCAAUGUUUACUGCGUUUUAAAACAGUCCUCUGACCUCUGACAUCACUGGCGGAGCAGCCAUACGGUGAAAGAAGAAACCUGGUCGUGUUCCCCGCAAUCUUGGUUCCCUCCCUCCCCAUUCUCCUUAUGCUGCUGUCUUCUUUUCUUUCCCGUCUGUCCACGUGGGUUCUGUUGGACUUGCAUGAGUGUUUAGUGGUUCAGACAGCCCACGCCCGUGCUCUGAACGGCUGCUCCUGAACGGAGGGGCGCUCUUGGGAGGGCGCCAUACGGGGCGCGCGAUCCGGCUCGCGAGGGGCCCGAGCAAGCGGAGACGCCUGGAGCAGGAGGGCGCUGAAACGGUGCGGACUGCAACAGGCUCCGGAAAGCCAACAAGCUUCAAUUGACAGAUUUUCCUUCCAUUGUAGCUUUUUAGCCUGUAUGUUCAGCAACAAAGGUGAAAAAAAAUGGUAUGAAUGUUGUACUCAGUGUGUUUGCAUUUGUAAUGGAAGUUGAUGGCAUUUUUUUCCUUUUUUAAAGCUAUUCUACAUCAUGUCAACACAGAAUGAGCGUUACUUGAUGGAAUAUUUUUUUCCUAAACUAUUACAGUGUUGCAUUGUACUUAGAAUGUAAAUGUUUUAUUUCAAACUGAACAAAAGCUAUGGUUUUCUACAGAAUAGUCAGGUAUUAGUAUUAGAACCUGUCUACCAAAUAGCAAAGUCACUAUUUUAUAACAAUUUACCACUAUGCGUAAUUACGGUAUAAUGUGAAAGACUGAACUGAGUGUUAAGAUGGUAUUAAUCAUGUCAGUAUCAUGAGUAAGUAAGUUUAAUGCUGCUGUAUUUUUUAUUUUAUUUUUGAAAGCCAAUAUAUGUACUAAAUUGCUUCCAGGUAAUAUUUGAUUUCCUAAAGUGCACUGAGGUUAUCUGGAAGAUGAGUGUAUUUUUUGACUGCUGCAUUCAACACCGAUGAACAACUACCACUGUAUAUCCAUAGGGUUUGGCAUUCCUCACAGUUCAUGGCAGAAACGUUUCCUUAAUGUAAGACCUGGCGUCCAGGAGAGGGAUGAAAUGAAAUCAGUCUUUGGUUCAGCCGUCUAAUAAAUUGCUAAACGAACAAAAAAAAAAAAGAAAAAAACUUGAAGAAAAAUAAUAAAAAAAAAGCUUGAUUACUACAUUUCUUCAUAGGUAGCAUUUAUAUUUAUAGCACCAGUGUACAUUUUGAAACUUUUUUCUUGGAGGGGGGAAUGGGGAGGGAGGUAGAUGAAAGCUUUAAUUUAAAGAAGUUUAAGUAGUAAAUGAAAAUUAUUUUGAUUAAAAUUUUUAUUUGAUCUGGGUAUUUUUGGACCACUUGAAAUGAAUGAACUGCGUUUGAGUUGAAGUGAGGGUGUUAAACCACCAAUGGACUUGUAUUGUGAAUUACCUGCCAGUUGUACUUUAUGGAACUUAUUUUAUGAUUUAAAAUACUGUACUGUAAAUAGGAGGUAUGUUACCUUCU